UGUAUAAUAUACUGUAGUAUUUGCAGUGCAUUUCAAUUAUAUUAAUAUUGAUUUCAAUUGAUUACUAAACAAACAAUUGAUUAUAUUUUGACAAUAAUUAAUAGGACUUAAAGACAGUGAUAAUGAAUGACAAGAGUGAUGACAACGGCAUUAAUUUGCGGUCAUUGAAACAGAUUGACCGCAACAUCGAUGAGAUCAUAUCACUGUGUGGUCAGUGCGCUGUCUAUAAGUUUAGUAAAGACAACGCCGAGUGGGAGCGCAAAGAGAUCGAGGGAUCGAUGUUUAUUGUCCACCGAUUACCACCCGAUGAGUAUAGCUUUGUGGUCAUCAAUCGGCUCAACACUACUAAUAUGUUGCAAACAAUUGACCGCAACUUUGAUAUUAACAUCACUUUACCGUAUCUUCUCUAUAAAAACACAUUGAAUGAGAUCUUCUGUAUUUGGUUUUACGAUGAAAACGAUUGCAAGAAAUUCAGUCAACAGCUCAACAAUAUUAUCAACAAAUUGUCGAAUGAGAGCAACAGCUCAACACAAUUGAAUGAUAUCUUCAAGAAGUUAUGUCCAGUGACUACUAUGGCCACAGUUGAUAAUAAUGGCGACGAGUCUCAUAAAUUAGCGUCAAAUGGUGGCCAUAAUGGUCAGCGAAGUCAAACACAAGUAUCAACACACGUAUCAACACAAAUAGUCAAUCAGACACCGACAGCAAAGAUCAACAAAAUGAGUCUUCGAGUCCACGAUUUGUUUCAAACGGCCGGUCAGACAAUGCCUGUCAUUCCAACCGAAGCUUUCGUACAAAACCCGGAAGAUCUUGACGACGACGUCAUAACACCAGCGAUGUUAACCAAUCAGAGCUCAAAAACUAACGCUAAAGAAAUUGGAGUUCAAAGUUCAACGGUUCUAAAUCAACCACAAACUAUGGCCCUCAAUGUUAACACUUCUUACAAUCAAAAUUUUUUGCCACAAUUGAUGGUUAAUAAAGACAAAGUGCCGCCAUCAGGGGUCCUCUCUAUGGAACAGUUGAAGCAAACUUUAGUUUAUUUACUUCAAAAUGACGCCGACUUUUUGCAUUCAAUACAUACGGCUUAUGUAAAUGGGGUUCAGAAAUAAAAUCACAUUUUUGUGUCAAAUUAUCAAUGAUAUCACUUAUAUAGGUAUACAUUGUAUUAAUUCGUAACCAACAUUCAAACAUGAAAAAUAAAAAUCACUCAUUUAUAUUAUAUAUAUAACU